AUGUCGUUGAUAAUACCGGAGAAGUUUCAACAUAUCCAUCGUGUUAUGAAUACGAACAUUGAUGGUAACAGAAAAGUACCAUUCGCACUCACUGCUAUUAAGGGUGUUGGUCGACGUUUUGCGUUUGUUGUUUGCCGAAAAGCUGAUAUUGAUAUUAAUCGACGUGCUGGUGAAUUGUCGGAAGAAGAUUUAGAGAAAUUGCAACAAGUGAUGCAAAAUCCUAGCCAAUAUAAAAUUCCGAAUUGGUUUUUGAAUAGGCAAAAGGAUGUCAAGGAUGGGAAGUAUUCUCAGAUGCUUUCUACAUCGCUUGAUAAUAAGCUUCGUGAAGAUUUGGAAAGACUGAAGAAAAUCCGUCUGCAUAGAGGACUUCGACAUUAUUGGGGACUUCGUGUGCGCGGUCAACACACUAAGACAACAGGUAGAAAAGGUCGCACUGUUGGUGUAUCAAAGAAGAAAGGCGCUCUCAACUCUUGUUUAUAUCCAUUGCAUUUGUUAUUGAAAAACCGCAAAAAUGGUGGAUCGUAUUGCAUGCACGAGAAAAGUGGUCGUCGUGGGGGAUUUGAUUUCUGUCGUGAUGAUUUGCGAGUUAGAUUUGUCGGGUUGGUCAUGGAUUCCUAUGAUGUGAUAGCAAAUCAGCCAGUUGUUAUCGAUAAUGGGUCUGGGGUAAUUAAAGCUGGAUUUGCUGGUGAUCAGACACCAAAAUGUCGUUUUGCUAAUUUUGUCGGGCGACCGAAGCAUACAAGAGUAAUGGCUGGUGCCCUCGAGGGCGACUUGUUCAUAGGUCCCAAAGCACAGGAGUAUCGAGGAUUGUUAGCGUUGAAAUACCCAAUGGAACAUGGUAUAGUGACAGAUUGGAAUGACAUGGAACGAAUAUGGCAGUAUAUUUACAGUAAAGAUCAGUUGCAGAUAUUUCCAGAAGAACAUCCAGUAUUGCUUACCGAAGCACCUUUGAAUCCACUUAAAAACCGAGAAAAAUCGGCUGAAAUAUUUUUCGAAACUUUUAAUGUACCUGCAUUGCAUAUUCAAGUUCAAGCUGUUCUUUCGCUUUAUUCAACGGGUCGUACAACAGGCGUUGUUCUGGAUUCAGGAGAUGGUGUAACACAUGUUGUGCCUAUCUUUGAGGGUUUUGCUAUACAACAUGGAAUUGAAAGAAUGGAUGUGGCAGGACGAGAUGUGACCAGAUAUCUUCGUCUAUUACUUCGCAAAGAAGGAGCUAACUUUCAUCGUUCAUCAGAAUUUGAAAUCGUCCGAGAAAUUAAAGAAAAAAUGUGUUACAUUGCGACAAAUGCUACAAAAGAAGAAAGUAAUGAAAGUGAGAAAGCAGCAUACAAGCUUUCCGAUGGAUCGACACUCGAAGUCGGACCAGCUAGAUUUCGUGCUACCGAAAUACUAUUUCGGCCUGAUAUUAUUGGCGAAGAAUGGCCAGGAAUCGCCAAUGCCCUCGAUUUGUCCAUAAGACGUUGUGAAAUAGAUCUGCGCAAAAAUUUAUAUAGCAAUAUUGUAUUAAGUGGCGGAUCGACUAUGUUCACUGGAUUUGGUGAUCGAUUGUUAGCUGAAAUGCGUCGAUUGGCACCGAAAGACGUAAAAAUUCGAAUAUCCGCACCGCAAGAGCGAUUGUAUAGUACCUGGAUAGGUGGUUCAAUCCUAGCCAGUCUUGAUACAUUUAAGAAAAUGAUUUCAGCAGGUGCUGAUAAGAAGCGUAAAAUAAAGCAUCGUAAACUGAAAGAUAACUAUAAAAGCUUUAAGAACAGGAAAGAGAAAAUUCAAGAUGUAAAACAGACAGGAAACGAACGAGAUGAAAACAAAAACAAGACCGUUCUACCAGGUAAAAUGACAAAUAAAAAAAUGUUAGCAUUACCUGCGACUGCUAAUUAUUCGGAAGAAGAAUUCGCUAGUAAACCCAAAGCAAAGCAUAGAAAAUCGAGAAUUAUGGCCGAUAAUUUCGUUAUGAAGAAAAUUGCAAUGAAUAAAACGGAUAGCAUUCAGGGAAAAUCAAGCGAUUCUUCCAGAAAGAGAGUGGAAGGAUCUGAAAAAAAAACAGAUUCAAGAAUUGAUAUGGCAACGAAAUCGGAAACUAAGAGUGUAAGAAAACUCACUAAAUGUUCCAAAAAUAGCCCAGUGAAAGAUUCAGCAGAGGUCAACAAAUUCAAAAAAGAAAAGAUAAAGAAAAAUAAAAGGUCAAAAAAGAAGCUAGCAAAGACUGCGGAGAAGUUUGUAGAAACUUCGGAGAAGAAUAAAGCAAAACAAACAAGUAUGAAAGAGAAGGAUGUAAAGAAAUCCGACAAAGAUUCAGAAAAUAUCAGUAAAUCAGAAAGGAAAAAGGAGAUGAAGAAAGUAAGUGGAAAAAAGAGUAAACAUUUUAAAGUUCCUGCUGAAUCUGUGAAAUCUUCGAGAAAGAUCAAGAUGAAGAAGCUAGCUCUAAAGAAAAAAGACAGAAGUAUAUGUGAGAAAGAACCGGAGGGGAUGAGAGAAUCGGAAAAAAUCAAAAUAAAAGAAAAACCUAAAAUUAAGAAAGGAAAAAGAAGAAGGUCUUCUGAAGAAGUUUAUGAAUCCGAAAAGAUUAGAGAUAAGAAUGAUGUGAAAAAGCACAGGACUACUUCGAAAAGUACAAGUAAGCAGUGCAAAAUGAAGAAGCGCAAAGCAAAGAAAGUAAAAAAAGCUAUCACAGUUUCCUUUCCGCUAUUAGCAACAGCUAUGCCAGUUACAGAAAACCAAAUAUCUGAUGACGAUAUUGAAGAAAUCGAUGAGAAAAUUGAUCCGAUUGAUGAGAAAAGAAAUGAGCAAGAACGAAUUGUAACGAUGAUGAAACAACCGUUAGAAAAGAUAGAAGAAGUUAAGCCUAAGCAGAAUGAUAUGAAAAGAGAUGAACUUUCCAGAGAUGCGAGAAAAAUUAUGCAUGUUUUUAUUCAGAAAAAAAAUAAAUUACAUGAUAUGACAAUGAAACCGAAUCAAAUACAAUAUGAAAUGAAUACGAUGAAAAAAACAAAUAGUGAUAUUACGCAAGGACCAGACAGUUCAACUAGUCCCACAAAAUCAGAAUCAUCAGAAGAACGGGAGGAUGAAAUGAAGAAGAAAGAAGUGAUAAAUGAAAACAGCCCAUCAAAUAUGACCUUUUCCGGAACAAGUAAUAAUGAUCAAGAUAGAAAUUUCAAAAUUACUGAUGAGAAGCUAGAGAGAAGAACUGAGUAUCAAGAGUCGGGACAAAUGAAAGAUAGCAGAAAAACGGAAAUGAACGCAUCUCCUACUAGCAUAAAUAUUGAUGUAGUACAGAAUGAUCAAAACAAGUCAAAAAACCGAUCAUAUAUUAAUGGACUUGCACAAAUUCGGACAAUUCUUGAAAUUUAUGGGAUGGAAAAAGAAAGAACAGAAGCGUUCAACAAAUUGUUGGACGAAGAUGUACCAAUGAGUGAAAAAGAAAUUGCUGAAAAUUUGACGAUAGCAGUUUGCGAUUUACCAAUGAAUGCAGAACUUCUUCGAAAAGUCCUCAAGAAAAUGCACCACAGCAAUUUGCUUAGCAAAAAGGAAUAUGAAAUGCUACAGACGAAUUUGGUACCUGAAGCGGUAAAUGAAAGUGUUACAAUUGCGCUACUUGUGCAGACUACUGCAAAGAUAUUCUUAGUUGUUAUGCAUCGACGAAAUGGAAAAAGUCCGCUCUUAGCCGUACAUGCAUUUCAACAAAACACGGCGUUUGCUUCACCCCAGAUACCCAUGAAUGAGAAGUUGAUUAUCAGCGAUUAUCGAAUAGUUAUUUACAGCACGAUGUUUCCGGCAUAUGCUCAAGAUUUUCCUUCACAUCAUAGUGCUCCAAUCGAUGAAGACAACGAUUUCAGUGGUCGUUUUGGUUCUUUUGCUUCAAGAUCAAAGAAAAAAAAUGGAAAUAAAGAACAACAGAGAAAUGAAUAUCAGGAAAGAAAAACAAAAGAAAAAACGAAACGAAGAAAAGAAUUUGAACGACAACAAAUGUUGUCGCAUCAUUCUAUCAAAAUGGUCGGUAUCAAUUCGGAUGAUGAAAGUGAUAUCGAAGUACCUAUGGACAUCGUAAGUACGAGACAAAAACGAAAAUUAAAACACUCGUCAAAAAGAAAAAAGAGGAAGAAACAACGCAGACGAUCCACUUCCUCAUCAUCUUCGUUUUCUGAAUCAUCCGAUUCAACGAGAGAUAGCGUUAGUUCAACUUCGAGCGAAAAUGAACAUAAUAGGCGACUUUCAGUUCCGCAAAUACUCUGUGCAAGUCAUCGAUGGAGUUUUAUGACGAAAUUCGAUCCAUCUAAUGCGAAAUCGUUCAUGACAAUGGAUUUAAAAGGGGAUCGUUCCAAUAUGCAUUACGAAUCUUUAUACAAGGGUGACGUAGCUCAAUAUGGAUUUACGUUGAAAAAAAUUCUUGGUGGUGACGAAAAUUUAGAAAGGCAAAUUUUAGAGCAAUUAUUUUUAAAUUUAAUUAUUUCGUCAUCACAUAACGUACUCAAUAAGGACAUGAAUUUUGAGUUACGCCACUUAAUCUUAUUUCUGAUGCUGUUAUUUUAUUUCGGUACUUCAGAAAAGAAGGAUAACUUUCAAAGAUACUUCAGCGAUAAAGUCAGAAAGGCGUGGAAAGAAGAACCAGAGCGAUUAUGGAGAAGAAAAGAAUUAAAGCCUUUUACAGAUUAUAUCGAGCUGUCCAGAUUUGCUCUAUCCGAGGAUGAUUUGAAAGACGACAGUGGAAAUUUGAGUCUAGAAAAGUGUAAUGCAGUUCAAGGCGGAAAAUCCUUGAUUGAGGCAACCCCAGAAGCAAGAAGUCGAAGGUAUAAUGCACAAUUAGGAAAUGAUCGAUACAAUAUUGAAUUGUGGUUGAAAUUUUUAGCAGUUCAGGAUGAAGUGUUUUUGGCUCAGGACAGUCUGGAAAGUCGUAAGAAGACAAGGAAUGAGCGUCUUACGAAUCGCGAGCUCUUAGAACGGAAAAUGAGCAUCCUGGACAAAGCAAUUUCACUUAAUUUCAAUUGUGUGAAGCUCAAAUUGGAACGUUUAAAAAUUGGGAUGCAUUUAUGGGAAGAGAAUGUCUUCAGUCGCGAAAUGAGAGAUGUGGAAUUCAAACAUGUCAACGAUCCAGAAAUGUGGAAAGGCAUACUUGAUCUUUUGGAGAGCGAUACAAGACGAUUUAAUCUCACUAAUCAGUGUACAAAAAUGAAAGUAUGUUUGGCAAAACUUGAUGAAAUACAUAGUGGUAAGUUAUUGUCACACAAGGCGCUGCCAAACACGGAACAGUUCAUGGCAUCAGUGAUCCUUCGUAAAAUACGUCUUUUGUUGAAAUGUGGACAUACUGAAAAGGCAAUUGCGACGGCUCAAGCUGUUUGUGAAUUUAACUUAUGCGUUCCGGAAUCAUUCGAAAGUGCGAAUUUAGAAGAUAAGCGAAAACUUUUCGAAACUUUCUGGGAUAGUGGAAUUGCACGUAUUGGAGAUGAAGACGCAGAAGGAUGGGCUAGAUCAAUGAAACACAUAAAGGAAGGAACAGUAAAAACAGACCAGUCAUUGUGCGAAGAGGAACAAUUGGAAUAUGAUAAAAAAGAGGAGGAAUUAUGUAAAAGAGUUGGCUCAAAUGGCUUGAAGUUAUCUUACCGUUUGGUCUGGAUAGAAAUAGAACGUUUACGCACGCAGUAUCAGUGGAGACCAAUUAGAGAUUUAGGCGCUACGUUCGAUGACAGGGAACGAGUCGUGACUUUUCAAGAUAUUGAGGAUGUAUUAUAUGUAUUUAGUCCUCCUGUUGCUUUCGAUCUUUUCUGCAGCAUUUUGGAAGAAUUUGGAGCAGUUAUAUAUGCUCGAGACUCAAUUUUAUCAGCGAACAUUAUGCAUGAGUUUUCCAUUUUUCCCGAUCUUUCUCUACACUUGAGAAAUUUUGCUAAAUCAGUGAACAGAUUUUUUGAAUUGGCUUCCAGUUACAUAGAAAAAGAACGGGAUUUACUGCUAUCAUCACAGCUUCUUACUUAUCUUAAUUUCCUUAAAAUGGACGGUGAGUUGAACGAAAAAAUGCGUUUGAAAAAAUUUCGAGACGAAGCAAAAAAUAUAUGCUAUAAGAACAAUAAUGUUAUUAAUACCUCACUGAUGGCAACGUAUGCAGAAAAGAUGUAUGAAUUGGGAGAAAAACAGGCAGCGAAAAUUUGUGCCACUAAAUUCCUCAUAACGAACAUGUGGAACGAAGUUGAAAUAGCACGGACAAUUUCGCUGCUUCGUAUGGCUAUUGUAUGUAUAUCUGCAACUGAUGACGAAACCGAGAAGCGACACCUCAUUGCGGGUUUCAUAUGUGAAGGGAAAUUUGUGACUGAUACGAUAACAGAUGCAAAAAAAAUUGAGAACCGAGUUAACAUUCGUCUUCAUGAUCUUUUGACAACUAAUUGCUUGAAAGAAACAUGGGAAGGUUCUGCAGUUGAUCUCGCGGCAUCAUUGACUCUUCUUUUUGCAUAUUAUUAUGCUGAUAAUAAUAAAAGAGUAUAUAAUUUAAAGAAAUGUUACACAACUCUAUCUGACAUCAUGAAGAAUAAUUCACAACGGAUAUUUACGAGAAAAUAUCUGGAGCUAUUGCGAAUGCACGUUACGAAUAAUCCAUGUGAGCCCCAACGUUUGCUAAUGGAAGCAUCUAUGAUGGCUCAUCAAAAAUUUCCGACAGAAAUAUCGUUUUUGAAGAUUUAUAUAGAUUGUUGUGCUGUAGGAACACGUGUUAUACAUUUGAGAAGAUUCCUAGAAAGUGAUGUAGAAGAUUGGCAUGCAAAUUACUGUCUUGCUUUUGGUUCUGUGUAUCUUGAAUUACUCCGACAUAGAAGAUUAUUAGAGGCGAAUGAUUUCCAAUCACCCGAAUUACAUCGCCUUAGAACAGUUAUGCAAAAGUCAAGCGAACGUAUCUGCCAUCGUGAUGAUGUUUUCUGGCGUUUAUUAUUGUUCAUUGAAAAUGAACGAAAAGAUACUCCACGUGCACGCGAGGUGUUCUAUUUGGCAUAUGCUGAAUGUCCAUGGUCUAAGGCACUCAUCAUGGAUUACAAAGAUGUUAAUGCUGGUGAGCAUGAAAAGUUGCUCGAUGCGUUGGUAGAAAAGAAACUGAGACUCCGGUGUGAACAUGAGGAAAUUGGUGUAUUGUUGCGAUAA